AGCCUCUGCCCGAGGCCAGAGGCCUCACCCCAGCAGCGUCGGGUGAGGCGGCGGCCCCUGGGGCUCGGCUUCCUCCCUGAGCUGGAGAAAAUGGCAGCUCAGGCCCAACGGACACCCAGGGAGCGGGCAGAGCACCGGGUUUGGCUGCCAGCUGCCAGCACUAAGGACAUCUUGACCACUCAUCCCUUCACCAAGAUCUCCAACUGGAGCAGUGGCAAUACCUACUUCCACAUCACCAUUGGGAACCUGGUGCGCGGGAGCAAAUUGCUCUGUGAGACGUCACUGGGCUACAAGAUGGAUGACCUCCUGACUUCAUACAUCAGCCAGAUGCUCACAGCCAUGAGUAAACAGCGGGGUUCAAGGAGCAGCAAGUGAACAGUGGGGAGGAGCUGCUGGCUCCUGAGGAGCAGCCCUCAGGACAACUCUGCAGCUGAGGAAGAGCUCUGCCACACA